UCAAAACAGGGCGGAAAUUGUAUUAAUAAUGAGUAACCCUGAAAACCUGAAGCAACUAUCCCUCGAAAUGAUAACUGAAAUUAUCACCAACGAAACGAUCCUUCAAAUCACUUGGACAGUGACUUCUUAUUCGAUAUCAUCCACCCAUGAUUUAAACCCAAAAUUUAUGGUUCCCCACUCACUGUACCGUUAGAGAUUUCCGGAAAAGAAGGCUUUUAAUGACUCAAAGCUCAAGCUCUCCUCCUAAAAUAUUUACGGUUAUGGCUUAAUUGAGCGAUUUUACGUACCAGUAGUAUUUUUCAACCCAGAAGAAGACUGCGAAAAGGUGUAAUAAAAAACUCGAGUGAGUUUUUCAGUGUCAGCUCGGCAGUACCCUCUCGCUUGUGCUCUUUUAAAACUUUUUAAAACGCUCGUGAAGAUUGUGCGGGUGGAGGCCGGGGGGAAGACGAAAUCGGGUCCCCCGUUGGAGCGGUGAACGGCGGAGCGGUCAGGGGGAAGAGGGAGUUGCACCGGUGGAAAGGUUGGAGAGACAUUCAGUCGUUGAGGUACCUUCGCUCCAACCGCACAUCGACUCAGUGUUUUUCUCCAAACUCACCCAAUUUUCUCAUCACCUGAUUUUUUUAAAUCGACAAAAGUGUAUGGACCGUGCAAAACAAGCAAAACACCGAUAAAAAAUAGUAACAAGUCUGGCAGCAAGUAAACGGUUGAGGAUUAAACUGACGACGAUAAAGAGUACAAUUGUACAAUUGUACAGCUUCACUGAGCUACCAGCGACGGAAUCCAAUACGAAUAAACAUGACGUCGAUUCGUUGACAUCAUAAAUUCAGGUGUCAGGAUGCGUUGGUUUAAGGGCAACGCCGAGGCACCAAGAUUACUCAGUUUGAGUCCAUUGCGUGGCGAUGAUGACAUCGAGGGUGAAUCGCUUCACAUCCAUGGAACCACCGAAACAAGAGACAUGUCUCCAGUGCGGUGGUCACGUAGGAAGUCCUCGGGCUCCGAGUCCGAGAGAAACUGCUACAACGUGCAAACGUCACAGGUGACAACGGAGAAGUGCCCAAGCAAAAAGGAUAAGAAGAAAAUCCAAGAGGAACGCAGGAGAUCAUGCGAGAAGAGAAAUCCACUGUUGGACAGGGUCAAGAAUACCAGGCUCAGUUUCUUCAAGGACAAAUUGCCGGAUGAUGACUUUGAGGAAGAUGAAAGGUCUCACUUUCGAUCGAUGUGCGAUCUCGACAAGCGCAACCUGAUGAGGAGUGACUUCAGGAGAUCGGUGUGUGAGAUUGAUCUGAAGAAAAUAACAGAGGAGGAAAAAACCCAGGCAAAGAGAAAAAGAAGAUCCAAGUCGCACACACGAGUGUCAGCCCGCAAGAAUACUGAUGAGAGAUUUAGCUUCCUGGGCUUUGGUGGUUCCUCGACCUCACAGAAGUCCUGCUGGUCCAACGAGCAGUCCGAGAUACCAAAAGUGAGAAAAAGUUUUCACGUACUCCAAAGUCCCUUAAAAGCGUGUGAACGUACAUUAGACUCGUUGGAGACAGACGAAACCGAGCCCCAUCUUGAGGGAUCUGAGGGUUCUCAAUUUGACAGUGUAACACCAUCGAGCUGCCUAGCAGCUAAGUUCCGCGCGAUGCAGGAUCGUUACCUCAAGUCAUCUACCAACAGAUUAAUAGCGAAAAUCUACAGACGCGAUGGAAAAGACAGAGAUAAACGCAGACUACGUAGUUUCUCGUACGGUACUCUACCAGGUCUCGACGAGCUACGUACAAAUCCACUCUUUGAAGAUCAAGAUCAGGAUGAUAAUGACUCUGGUAUUCUCGAUAAUGGCUCGGCAACGAGUUCACUCCUCGACGAUAGAUGCAGCAGUGGUGCUUCUGGCCUGAUCACGAGCAUGAUCAGUGAUUUACCCCCACAGCUACCACCGAGAAAGCCAUCGUCAUCCAUCACUGAUUUCAGUCCAGAUCUGGGGACGUCGCUAGUUAGAAAAUCGAGCACUGAUUUAUCUAAGCAUCACACGAGAAUGAUAAUGCACAAUGCGAGCUUGGGAAUUGAAAAGAAUCCCCUGGGUUCUCUCAACCAGGCGACUAAUGAUGAAGUUAUCGAGCGUCACGGCACUUCAGGUGAACAAACGAGAAUCAAGGAGGACAAGAGAAGCAAACAAUUGUCCGUGGUGACGUCCAGAUCCUACACAACUGAGAAUAUGGUAGUGAAGCUGCCCAGGGAGACUGUCGAUCAGUCCCUCGGUAUUUUCAUAGCAAAAACAGUGGAUAGCAGUCCGGGCUACCUAGUGGCUCACGUGGUGCCCAAUGGGCUGGCAGAUAAGGAGGGAACCCUGAAAAUAGGGGAUGAGAUUCUCAUAGUCAAUGGAAAGAGGCUGAGGGGGCUGGACAUGGGGGAAGCCAGAAAAGUUCUUGGCAGUGGAAAUGCUCCCGGUGAAGUGGACAUCGUCAUAUCCAGGUACACGAGCGUCGAACCUAUCAAGAGGUUGAAGGAGAGCAGUGUUGAUUAUGAGAAUGUCAGUAUGGAGCACGGCCAGGGAAUUAUUCUAGAGAACGCAAGCUCCCCGAAGUCUCACUUCAGAAAACAUCACUCCAGGCAUCAUCGGGAGAGAAAGAGUGAAUCGAAUCGCUCCAUCUCUUCCGAGAAGAGCAAUUCAAUUGAAGGAACACAAGUGGUCUCGAAUUUUUGCACUCUUCCACGAAGACCACGCAGCUCUGUAUCUUCGUUUCACACGGUUGUCUUUGAAAAAGGUCCUGGUAAAAAAUCCCUUGGUUUUACCAUUGUCGGGGGAAGGGACAGCCCCAAAGGCAGCAUCGGCAUCUUCAUUAAGUCAGUAUUGCCCGGUGGCCAAGCUGCUGAGGAUGGACGAUUACGAGCGGGCGAUGAAAUUCUGGCGGUCAAUGGACAGGUUUCUCACGAUCUCACGCAUCGCGAGGCUGUGCAACUGUUUCGCAGCAUCAAAAGUGGUCCACUUGCACUCCAUUUGUGUAGGAGAGUCAAGCAACGGGAUGCUCAAAUCACCAAGGCCAAAUCCUGUGCGGAUCUUCUCUUAGUCGACUCUUAAUUCAAUUAUUAAAAAUUACGGGAAUGAAGAAAGUUAUUGCAAAAUUGUAAAUAUUGUAAAUUUGCCGAGAUCCUCGGAGAUGUUAUUUAAUGUGAAAUAUAUUAUAGAGAAUCACUGGAA